AUGCAGGUUGACUCCUACGGGAAAUGCCUGCAUAACCGUGAGCUUCCCAGUGAGCGACUGAGCGACACUUCUACAGCCACUACAGAAGAUUCUGAAUUUAUGACUUUUAUUGCCAGGUACAAGUUUCAUCUGGCCAUGGAGAAUGCCAUAUGUGAUGACUACAUGACAGAGAAGCUGUGGCGUCCAAUGCACUUGGGUGCUGUUCCAGUAUACCGAGGCUCCCCAGCUGUGCGGGACUGGAUGCCAAACAACCUCUCCAUCAUUCUCAUAGACGACUUCGACAGCCCUCAAGAGCUGGCAAAGUAUCUUGAUUUCCUGGACAAGAAUGGAGAGGAGUAUACGAAGUAUCUAGAGUAUAAAAACCCUGGUGGAGUAAAAAAUCAGUUCUUGUUAGAGAGCUUGGCGCAGCGGGAGUGGGGUGUGAACGACAUGACUCUGCCCAAUUAUCUGAAUGGCUUCGAGUGUUUCAUCUGUGACAGGGAGAAUACUCGGGUCAAACAGGAGCAGGAACACAAAAAGUCUCAUGGGAAGAUUCCAGCUCCCAGACCUCACAUAGCUCAGUUCCAGCAUAUGGGAUGUCCUAUGCCAACCCCUGGUUUCGGAAGCGUUGAAGACCUCUCUGGAGGAGACGGUUGGAAAGAGAUGUGGCUGCAGGAUUACUGGCAAAGCCUUGAUCAGGGUGAGGCCCUCACUGCUAUGAUUCAUCACAAUGAGUCACAUCAGGGAAGAUUUUGGGACUAUAUGCAUGAGAUUUUCCUCAAGAGGACAAGGCAACACUGACCUAUCUUUGUAAGAGCUUGAUUUGAAAAUUGCAUUGAAAGUUGAGACUACGAAUGUUUACCUUGCUCCAAAUGUUUGCCUUGAAAUGGACUAAAAAUUUUCACAGAGACUUAUUUUUUUCUGGUGCAUUAAGUAAACUUCUGUUUGGAUUGGAUUUUAGCAGUGGGAUCUUAGCAACUGCUUUGAUUUGAAUUUCAGCUCCGUGGUAUGAGGCCACUCCUGACUUGCACGUGUCAACAGAUGGAGAAAAAUAGGGGUUUAAUCUCCUUUUGCAUUUGCUAUAGCUUUUGUGGCUUACAUGACUUCAGAGGAACACCUCUUCAAACUCAUGUUCAAA